AUGUCAAUAGCAGAGUAUGAAUCUCAAUUCACUGAACUCGCCAGAUAUGCACCACACAUGGUUGAUAUUGAUUACAAAGAGGCCAAGAAGUUUGAAGGCGGCCUUAAUGUUGAAAUACUUGACAGGAUAAAUGUUCUGAAGUUACUGAAAUACGUGGAUAAACUAAACAAGUCCUCAAUGGAUUCCAUUACCAAUCUACUGCUCUCAUCUUUUCUCUGUUCCAUCUUAGUAGUCUCCACCACUGCAGUGAACACAAUAUCCACAACUCAAUCCAUUAAAGAUGGUGACACAAUAGUCUCCAUUGGAGGAAGCUUCGCGCUCGGGUUUUUCAGCCCUGGAAGUUCCAAAAAGCGAUACAUUGGUAUAUGGUACAACAAGAUAUCUAAUGAUUCCAGGACUGUUGUAUGGGUUGCCAACAGAGAAACUCCGGUCACCGAUUCGUCGGGCGUGUUAAUGGUUACCCAACAAGGCGUUCUCGUCCUCCUCAAUAGUACGGAAAGUAUUAUUUUGUCUUCCAAUUUGACAAAACCGGGAAAAACCCCAGUUGCAGAGCUCCUAGAUUCAGGGAAUUUUGUUCUGAGAAAUGCUGAUGAUGAUAACCCGCAGAAUUAUUUAUGGCAGAGUUUUGACCAUCCAACUGACACGUUUUUACCUGGUAUGAAGUUUGGAAUCAACUACAAAACUGGGCUUGAUAUGAUCCUGCGGUCGUGGCAGAGCAGUGAUGAUCCCGCUCAAGGAGAUUAUACAUACAGUAUGGAUUCUCAUGGAUUUCCACAGUAUUUUCUCAGAAAGGACACUGUCAAGGUGUUUCGAUCAGGGCCAUGGAAUGGUGUCCGGUUCAGUGGAAUGCCUACUAUAUCUUCAAACCCCAUUUACAAUUUCACUUUUGUGUUGAAUCAGAAUGAGACUUAUUUCAAUUAUGAUCUUCUCAAUAGCUCAGUUGUCACAAGAAUGUUAGAUAAUAAGGAGCAAAUAACGAAUAUGUUUUGGACCGAUGCACAAAUGAUCAUGGAUUAUGCCCAAUUUGGUGAUGUUAUCACAUUUGAUACUACUUACAAGUUAAACAAAAAACAUAAACCCUUUGCAUCUUUUGUGGGAUUCAACCAUCAUAGGGAAACAAUCAUAUUUGGUACAGCCUUGUUGUAUGAUGAGACCGUUGAAUCAUUUGUAUGGUUGUUUCAAAAUUUUUUAGAGGCUAUGUCAGGAAAGGCACCAAAAACGUUGUUCACUGAUCAAGAUGCUGCAAUGGCUAAAGCCAUACCCAUCGUUAUGCCUGACACAAGCCACUGA